AUGUCGUUCCGUUACUCCUUCUUGAUAUUGUUGUUGUCAAUACUGUUUUUAUCUUCGCCGGCGCCGUCGCAAUCGGCUGUUUGCAGCAUAGAUCUUGGCUCUGAAUGGCUCAAGGUCGCCGUCGUUAACCUUAAACCAGGCCAGUCGCCGAUUUCGAUCGCCAUAAAUGAAAUGUCCAAGCGGAAGACUCCUUCGCUCGUCGCAUUUCACUCCGGCUCCCGACUAAUCGGCGAGGAGGCUUCCAAUCUCCUCGCUCGUUAUCCCAACAAAGUUUAUUCUCUUCUCCGAGAACUCCUCGCGAAACCUUACUCCUACGCCAGUGAUAAAAUUUUGAAGUCGUCAUACUUGAGUUACCAAAUAAGCCCCGAUCCCGAACGCGGAGUGGCGGUGGUGGAAACGGAGGAUGGCGAGAAGUAUUCGGCUGAGGAAAUGGUGGCCAUGCUGCUGAAAUACGCGUUGAGUUUGGCGGAGAGUCACGCCAAGGUCCCGGUGAAGGAUUGCGUGAUCACGGUUCCGCCUUUCAUGGGGGUGCCAGAGAGGAAGGGUUUGAUCGAGGCGGCGGAGCUGGCCGGCGUAAAUGUGCUUGCUUUGGUGAAUGAGCAUUCCGGCGCCGCAUUGCAGUAUGGGAUUGAUAAGGAUUUUUCCAAUGGAUCAAGGCAUGUCAUUUUCUAUGAUAUGGGUGCUACCACUACUUAUGCUGCCCUCGUCUAUUUUUCUACUUAUAACGCUAAGGAAUAUGGGAAGACUGUGUCCGUUAAUCAGUUCCAGGUAAAGGAUGUUAGAUGGGAUGCAGGACUUGGGGGUCAAAGCAUGGAACUGAGGCUGGUGGAACACUUUGCUGAUGAGUUCAAUAAACAGCUUGGAUCUGGUUUUGAUGUGAGAACAUCUCCGAAAGCCAUGGCCAAACUGAAGAAGCAGGUUAAGCGCACAAAAGAAAUUUUGAGUGCAAAUACCAUGGCUCCCAUAUCUGUCGAAUCUCUUUAUGAUGAUCGUGAUUUUAGGAGCACAAUAAGUCGUGAAAAAUUUGAAGAGCUUUGUGGUGACAUUUGGGAGAGAGCCCUUUCCCCACUAAAACAAGUCAUUGAGCACUCUGGUUUGAAGAUAGAUGAGAUAUAUGCUGUGGAGAUGAUUGGAGGUGCUACUCGGGUGCCAAAAUUGCAGGCUAAGCUUCAGGAAUUCCUUGGUAGGAAAGAGCUGGACAAGCAUCUAGAUGCUGAUGAAGCUACAGUGCUUGGCGCCUCAUUACAUGCUGCAAAUUUAAGUGAUGGAAUAAAGCUUAAUCGUAAACUAGGGAUGAUAGAUGGUUCUUCUUAUGGGUUCGUGCUUAAUCUAGAUAGCCCUGAUCUUGUGAAAGAUGAAAACAAUGGACAAUUAAUUGUUCCCCGCAUGAAGAAGCUUCCUAGUAAGAUGUUCAGGUCCAUUGUCCACAACAGAGAUUUUGAUGUUUCACUUGCAUAUGAGAGUGAAGAUCUGUUGCCUCCCGGUGCUUCUUCAAGGACUUUUGCUCAGUAUUCAGUCUCGGGUCUUAUUGAUGCCAGCGAAAAGUAUUCUUCAAGGAACCUUUCUUCCCCAAUCAAGGCGAAUUUACAUUUCUCCCUCAGUAGAAGUGGAACAUUUACUUUGGACCGAGCAGAUGCUGUCAUUGAAAUAACAGAGUGGGUAGAAGUUCCAAAAAAGAAUCUCACAGCAGACAACUCAACUUCUGCUUCUGCCAACUUAACAGUUGAAACUGGUUCUAAGAAUACUUCAGACGACAACGACAAUGACAAAUCACAACUAAAUGAUGCUACCAGUGAUGCAUCAAAUUCCGCUGCAAAUGAGAAUAGUUCAACAGAUCUUGGCACAGAGAAAAAACUGAAGAAGCGGACUUUCCGAGUUCCACUAAAGAUUACUGAAAAGACUACUGGGCCAGCAAUGUCUCUUUCAAUAGAAUCUCUAUCUGAUGCUGAGCGAAAACUGAAAUCACUUGACAAAAAGGAUGAAGAAAGGAAAAGAACUGCAGAGCUGAAAAAUGAUUUGGAAGCUUACAUCUAUACCACAAAGGAAAAGCUUGAAUCUGAGGAGUUUGAAAAAGUUUCUUCUGCCCAAGAACGGCAGUCCUUCUCCGAAAAGCUUGAAGAGGUACAAGAGUGGUUGUACAUGGACGGUGAAGAUGCAUCAGCCUCUGAGUUUCAAGAACGUUUAGAUAAGCUUAAAGCUAUCGGUGAACCUAUCUUCUCUAGAUACAAUGAGCUCACUGCCCGUCCUACUGCGGUUCAGUAUGCUCGUCAAUACCUCACUGAGGUCCAACAGAUCAUAAGCAAGUGGGAUACUGAAAAGUCAUGGCUUCCAAGAGAGAGAGUAGAUAAGGUACGUAAUGAGGCUGAAAAGUUGAAGAAAUGGUUGAAUGACAAGGAGGCUGAGCAGCAAAAGACUUCAUUAUUGAGCAAGCCGAUUUUUACAUCUGACGAAGUGUAUGGGAAGGUCUUCAAUCUUCAAGAUGAGGUUGCCACUGUAAAUAGAAUCCCCAAGCCCAAACCUAAAGUUGAGAAGCCAGUGAAGAAUGAGGCUGAGAGCAAUGUUAAUGAUGAAAAACCAAGCUCAACAAAUUCUUCUUCUGAUGAGGCCUCUCAAAAUAGCGAAGCAGGAGCAUCAGAAACAACUGAUGAAAAAGAAACUACAGCAUCUGACUCCCAUGAUGAACUGUAA